AUGGAAAAACCAUCAGAUGGAAACAUCGAGGUCGUGCGCAAGGGAACCAAUGCUGGCGUCGCGCCUGAAAUCGAUGCGACACGCGACCUCACCGUCGCUGAGCACCAGCUCGGUUUCUGGGCUGCGGUGCGCAUGUACCCCAAGGCUACCUUUUGGGCUAUGUUCUUCUGCAUCGCCGUCGUCAUGGCUGGUUUUGAUGGCCAGAUCAUCACCUCAUUUUAUGCCCUACCCGCCUUUCAGCUUAAAUACGGAGACCGCAUCGUCAAGUCUGACGGUACGGUCAAGUACGAAGUCGCCGCCGCAUGGCAGACGGGCCUCGGUAUGGGGAAUCCGAUCGGACAAGUACUCGGAGCCUUGGCGUGCGGUAAUCCACUUCAGUAUUUUGGUCGCCGGCUGACACUGGCCAUGUGCUGCGUAUGGUCCAUUGGCUUUGUCUUCAUGCAAUUCUUUGCCACGUCCACGGCUAUGCUGUGCGCGGGCGAAGUUGUCGGCGGUCUUACAUACGGCUUUUACGUCGUGAUUGCUCCUACGUAUGCCUCAGAAGUAUGUCCUGUCGUACUCCGCGGCUUUCUGACUGCUUCCGUCAAUCUGGCCUUUGUCAUUGGUCAAUUCAUCGGCCAAGGCUGCGCGGCUGGUGUUGAGAGUCGUCUGGACCAGUGGGCAUACAGAGCACCUUUCGCUGUUCAAUGGGUCUGGCCCGUGGUGCUGCUCGCCGGUCUUGGAUUUGCUCCCGAGAGUCCGUAUUGGCUGGUCCGCUGCGGCCGCAGAGACGACGCACGCAAGUCGCUACUCAGGCUCACUUCCGCCAAGCACAAUCCAGAUAUUGAAAAGAUAUUGCUAGGGAUCGAACAGACUGAUCGAUUAGAGCGUGAAUGCGAGGAGUCGACCUCGUAUAGGGACUGCUUCAAGGGCUCCAACCUCAUUCGAACCGAGAUUUCUGUCAUGGUAUACCUGAUCCAGGUCAUUGGUGGCAACCCUCUCAUCGGCUACGCCAAUUACUUUUUUAAGCAAGCUGGGCUUCCAAGUGACAAAGCCUUUGACAUGGGUGUUGGCAAUACUGCUCUAGGCUUUGUCGGCACUAUUCUCUCGUGGCCGCUGAUGAACUAUUUCCUACUUGGCAGAAGGACAAUCUACACCGCCGGCCUUGGAAUCAUGACUGUUCUGCUAUUCAUCAUUGGGGCUUUGGCAAUUCCUCGGCAUAAUACUGGCGCUAUCUGGGCACUUGCCACGCUCAUGGAUAUCUGGACAUUCAUCUACCAGAGCUCGGUUGGCCCGAUCUGCUUCGUGAUCAUCUCUGAGAUAUCCGCAACCCGACUUCGCGAGAAAACCAUUGCCAUUUCGACCGCCGUCCAAUCUGCGGCUAAUGUUGUCACCAUGGUAGUCAUGCCCAUUCUCCUCAACAGCGAAAAGGCCAAUUGGGGCGGCAAAACUGGCUUUCUCUUUGGCGGGAUUAGCUUCAGCUGCUUUGUCUGGUGCCUUUUCCGCUUACCCGAGUCACAGGGCCGGACAUAUGAAGAAUUGGACAUAUUGUUCCAGAGACGUGUACCCGCACGCAAGUUCGCGAGCUAUGACUUGGUUGCUGAAGCGGAUGAAAAACGCACGACCGCAUAG